AUGGAAGCAACCCAGUUGUUCUCAUCUCCCAUGCUUUCACGGCGACCGUUUUCUCGCCGGAAAAAUAAAGAUGGGCUGGCUGUUGUCGUCAAGGCAAGACAAGAAGGAUUAAAUGGAGGAAAUUACUGGGGUCACACUGUGGACGAGAACAUGAUCGUGUUAAGAAUGCGUAUCAAGGAAAUGGAAUUGUUAGAGAGGAGUCAUAAUGAUGAACCUUGUUCGGAUUGGAUGGACUGGGAAAAGAAAUAUUACGUGCAUUAUCAUGCAGAUGUUUGUGUGGCAAUGGGGUUGUUGCAGAAUUAUUUGAUGAAUGUUAGACCUAGUUUGGGCAUAGGAACCCUAGCAGCUCUCACCUUCUCUGUGCUAUUAUCUGCUGGAGUGGUGUUGGGUCAUGCUCUAGAGAUAUCCAAGGAAAUCACAUCUGGUUUUCAUUUACAUCUUAGUUGA